UUUUAAAAGAAAACCCCAUAAUUCUUUGCCAUGAUUUCAGUAUGAGGAUUGCAUCAAAGAUUGUGACCAAGCUGUUGAAAGGGGGAGAGAGCUAAGGUCAGACUUUAAAAUGAUUGCAAGGGCUCUGACUCGAAAGGGAACUGCCUUGGCAAAGAUGGCAAAAAGUUCAAAGGAUUUUGAAGUUGCAAUUGAGGUUUUCCAGAAAGCCCUGACUGAACAUCGCAACCCGGAUACUCUGAAGAAACUCAAUGAUGCUGAGAAGGCGAGAAAGGAAUUAGAGCAGCAAGAGUAUUUCAAUCCGCAAAUAGCAGACGAAGAGCGUGAGAAAGGAAACCAGUUCUUCAAAGAGAUGAAAUAUCCCGAGGCGGUUAAGCAUUACACUGAAUCCAUAAAGAGGAAUCCUAAAGACCCGAGGGCAUAUAGCAACCGGGCUGCUUGCUACACGAAGUUAGCUGCAUUGCCUGAGGGGCUCAAGGAUGCUGAGAAGUGCAUUGAGCUUGAUCCAACAUUUGUAAAGGGCUACACCAGGAAAGGUGCUGUUCAAUUCUUCAUGAAAGAGUACGAAAAAGCUAUGGAAACUUACCAGGAAGGAUUGAAGCAUGAUCCUCAGAAUCAGGAACUGCUAGAUGGUGUGAAGAGAUGUGUGGAGCAAAUAAACAGGGGAAGCCGUGGAGAUCUAACUCCAGAGGAACUCAAAGAGAGACAGGCCAAGGGAAUGCAGGAUCCAGAAAUUCAGAACAUCCUUACAGACCCAGUAAUGAGACAGGUGCUAACUGACUUUCAAGAGAACCCAAAAGCUGCGCAGGAUCAUAUGAAGAACCCUCUUGUGAUGAACAAGAUCCAAAAGUUGAUUAAUGCAGGAAUUGUCCAAGUUAAAUAAGUAGAGAAACAUUCACAAUUCACAAGAGAAAUAGGGCAUGGCUAUCCAUUAUUUGUUGUCGUUCGUGUAUUCAAGGGAAUCGUUCAUAGAACUCCUUUUACUCUUUUGAGGGUGUAAGGUCGCACAAUGUUUUGGUUUCCCGUUUUUCUUCUGUGGCAACUGUUAAAAUUUGCAUCUUGUUGGCAUUUUUAUGUCCUCCUGAUUGUUGUACUA